AUGGACCUAGACAGCACCUGCCCCAAGCCGACAGUCGUCUCCCCUUCCCCCAAGACCAAGACCAUUAGGGUAAAAGAGGACUGGGGCACGAGACCCCGGCCCCCAACGUCCCAGCUUGGUCGUCAGUCCUGGCGGAAGAUGAACCUAGGGGAGCCGAACGAGGCCAUGGCUCUCGUGUUCCCGGCUGAUAGGACGAGUCGUGAGGGGAGACCGACCAAUAAAGACGAGGAGUCCCGGAAGAAAAUCAACAAAAGCCUCGCUAGCGUGGAAUAA